CAUCACUGGUUAUGGCACAUACAACAACCAGGACUACUGGCUGGUCAAGAACAGCUGGGGCAGCAACUGGGGUAUGUAUGGCUACAUCAUGAUGUCACGGAACAAGUACAAUCAGUGUGGGAUUGCCACCGAUGCCUCGUACCCCACACUUUAGUUCAAUCACCGUUUCUCCCGUCACUUUGAAUUAAAAAAAUUAUCACAUUGUGUAUGAUAGAGCAAUUUUUCACCUCUCAACUGUUACUGUAUUAUAUAUACCAUCAUAGCACUGUGUGUGAAAAAUAUGCAAUCAUGUAUGUAACCAAUUCGAAAAUACUAUUUUC